UUCGGACUGGAGUCUUGCACGUCUUGCGGAUUUUUGGGCUUUCCUCAAUUGGGCUCUCAACAUGAACUCUGACGCGUACGGUCAUUAUCAAAGUUUCUCCAAACCCGAUAAACCAGCCAAAAAUGUCUUCUCUUUUGCCUUCGCUUCUCGUCCCAACGCAUCCUCAGAGAACAAACUCGUUUCCGAGGACAAUAAUGCGUCGAAUGGUACUUCAUUCUUUCCCCGGGGACUGAAGUCGAACACGAAGAAUCCUGGUUUCAAUCAGUUACACAAAGAACCAUCUCAAUCGGCUCGGAUUUUCCCGUCGAAUCGCUUCCAAACACCACAACGGGUGCCAAAGCAAGAACCAACCUCUCCCUUCGGGGAACAUUUUCAGAUAAUAACGCCUUCGUUCAACGCAAAACCAGUGGAACAUGAUCCUGAAUUCAACCACGCAAAGUACCAGCUCCAAGAAGGCACUCACAAGCGUCACUACCUUCCAGCGCUAUCGGAGGUACAGCGAAGUGGUUCUCUUAGGGCGGCUCCUCCUCUCACUCCGUCCAAUCGCUCGGUAACCCAAAGUUCAGAGAGUGUCGACGACGACGAUCUAGACUUGUCUGAUCUGAUGAAUCGACGCAUGAAGGAAGCGAAAGUAGUAAAAUCGCAGCUGGCAGAAGAAAGGGUGUUGACGGUGAACUUGCGGUCCCAAGUCGCUUCUCUACGGUCCGAUAAUUCCGAACUCGAAAAGCGAAUUGUGAAACUUGAAGCUGCGAAAGAAAAGUACAAUCAAGAUACUGCGGCGAAGUUGGAUGAAUUUAAGCAGAUGCAGGAACUCCUCACUGCGACUCAGGCUGCUCAACAAUCACAGCAAACGAUUAUCGACGAUAAAGAGAAGGAAAGGUUAGAGCAGUCUGAAUACAUCACCAUGCUCCAGAAAAAAGUGCAAGAAAACGAAGAGAGGGUUGCGAAAGUGAAGGAUACCGCUAAAAGAGGCAUCGAGAACCUUGGUAGAAAUUACCAAGCGAUGCUGGCGGCCUUUGAGCAACUCAAACACAAACAAGAACACUCCCGCAAGAACAUUGAAAAUGUCAAAGGCGAGAUAUUAGAUCUCAAAUUUACAGCCACUGAAAGGUUUAAAGAAAUUGAACCCUUACUCGACCCUAGCGGGCGACACUUGUUCAAGAGUGCCGAGACCAGAGGGUUAGUUCAAGAGCUCCAGAAUGAUCGUAGUGAUGCUCAACGGGUGAUCGAUAUGCUGAGAGACAAACUCCACGUUCUAGGAGCUCAAGUUGUCGAUUACAAGGAGAAGGUGGAAAUCCUGGAGAACAUGAGGAAGGAGGAAGGAGUCAACUUUUCUAAAACCGUCAGUCUGCUGGAGGCCGCGAGUAAAAAAGUUGAUCGGCUUGUUGAGAAGCUGCGUCAGAGAGAACAAGAGGGCGCUGAAAGAACUGCAGUAGGGGCAAAGUUGGAAUUACAGCUGACCCACUCGGAAGAUAGGAUUACCAAGAUACAAACGGAGUUGGAAAGGAAGAAUGUAGAAAUUGAAGGCCUCAAUGAUUCGAAUCGAAAGCUUAACAUCGAACUGCAGCUCACUUCAGCUAGACUGGACGAUGCUCUUCAACGACAAGCCAUGGAGUCGGAAAGACUUGCAGCUGCACAGGGUCAAUUGCGUUCUCAAGAACAAGAAAUCGUUUUGCUAAGAGGUAACAUCGAACGGUUCGAGAAUAGCGAAGAAGGUUUACGCGCUGCCUCGGCAACGUCGUCUGCCAGGAUCUUGGAGCUCGAGGAUAUGGUUCGGUCAGCUCAUGCCGCAGAGGCUGCUGCUGUUGCGAAGUGCGAGAAUCUUUUGGAGAAAUCACAGGUACUUGAGCUGGAGGUUAAGAAAGGGAAAAAGAAAAUGGAAGAAAAGGCGGAGGUGUUGGACGCAAGGAUAGAGAAGAUGAGUCUGGAACUAAAUAGAAGUGAAGAAGAAUUACGACAAGCCAAUACUCGCUUUGUGGUCUUGCAAGAGCGCUUCGAUUCCCAGACCACAAUGCUGAAAUUUGCGAAGGAACAAAGUGGAGACCUACAGGAGCGCUUGCUCUCAUCUGAGAAAGCUAACGCGGCCAAACUUGAGGCAAGUGAGGGCAACUACAAAACAGAGAUCGCCGUGUUGGCAGAGCAACGAUCAACCCUCCAGAACGAGGUUGAAAAGCUUAAGGCUCAACUCGGUAAUCUCGAAACUAGUUCGAAUGAGUAUAAGACUCACGCAGAAGAAACUCUCGGAAAUCUCAAGGCCGCCAACGUGAUACUCAAAGAACAGAAAGCGAGUCUUCAAGUGAACUUCGACCGCCUGCAGGAAGACUAUGCGGAACUGAGAUCUCAAAAGGCUGACCUUCAAACCGAAAAGAGAGCUUUGCAGGAAAUGCUUGAAAAAGGCUCGGAGGAGACUUGGAGGUUACGGAACCUGGUUGAGAAACAUGACAAGGAAGCUGCUCUUCGGCAUCAGAAUGUUCUUGAUCGCGUUGACUGCCAACAAGUAGCACUAGCUGGGGUUUCUGCGGACUAUAAGGAGAGACUGGCAAAGCAAGAAGAGUACCACAGCAAACUUCUUCAAGCAGAGAACAAGAGAGCUGAUGUUGCAGAGAAGAGCUUUGAGCACGUCUCCACUCAAGUUCGCGACCUCAAGUUGGAGAUUUCGACAUUGGACGCUGAGCUGAAAGCUACGAAGGAUGCUGCCGUUAUUGUACAAGAGAACUUAGCCCGGGCACGAGCUGUCGAAGAUAACAUGAAAGAUACCUUGGCAAGGAUCGAGUCUCUGGAGUCUGAAAACGAAUGCUUGCGAAGGAUGGAAAGCACUAUCCAGGAGCGCUAUCAAACGGGAGAGUUGAGCGAUUCAGAGAAGGAACUUGUCAGCCUCGUUAUGAACACUACACAAACCAUGCACGAGCAGGAAAUCGUGGAGAAGGGCAACGAACUGCGAAGGAGAGACAACAUGAACGGUGCCUUGCAGGCGAAGAUUGACGCGUUAGAAUCGACGUUGGCGAAGUGCUUGAAGAAUCAAGGCCCCGAUCAAGAUGGACAGUCAAAAUCCAAGUCAAUGGUCGAUUUGAAUAUCUGGAUGAGUAGCAGUCCUCUUUCGGGUGCAGAUUCACUACCGCCCUCUCAAACGCGGUCUUCAGUCAUUGUCAGCAGAAGAGUAAUAUCCGACCAUUCUGGUCGCGUGACAUCGAGACCAGAGUCUCCUACCUUUGCACAGCUGGAAGCCGAUGAACACCGGCCCAGCAGCGAAGACAAACCGCAGCAAGAGCCUGCGCGUCCGACCAAGAAGCUCAGGGCAUCUGCUCCACGGAAGAUGGACACCGGCGACGAAGCGAAACCCAAGCGCGGAAAUGCCAGGAAACGUAGGAUCUGAAUACAACUGUUCGGC